AUGUCUUCCAACUACAGACAGACAGCAUCUCUCCAUGGCUACGGAAACAGCAGCAGGAGGUCCACUGCCGCACCAGGAGGCAGCAGCUACACCAUCUCGAAGAGAUCCAGCUAUGGCGUUGGUUCGGCUCCAAGUGCCAACUUUAGUAGUGGCAGUGCUUUUGGCUAUGGUUCCAGCCAGGGGGGUGGCAGUUAUGGCGGCUUUGGUUCCAGCCAAGGUGGUGGCAGUUAUGGCGGUGGCAUGAUGCAGCAACAGAUCACCGCUGUCUCUGUCAACUCGAGCCUGCUGGCCCCACUGAACCUGGAGAUUGACCCCAACAUCCACAUUGUCCGCACCCAUGAGAAGGACCAGAUCAAGGGCCUCAACAACCGCUUCGCCUCCUUCAUCGACAAGGUCAGAUUCUUGGAGCAGCAGAACAAGAUGCUGGAGACCAAAUGGAGCCUCCUGCAGGACCAGACCACCACCCGCUCCAACAUCGACAGCAUGUUCGAGGCCUACAUCUCCAACCUGCGCAGACAGCUCGAUGGGCUGGGCAACGAGAAAGUCAAGCUGGAUGGAGAGCUCAAGAACAUGCAAGGCCUGGUUGAGGACUUCAAGAGGAAGUACGAGGAUGAAAUCAACAAGCGUGCAGGUGCAGAGAACGAGUUUGUGCUCCUGAAGAAGGAUGUCGAUGCUGCCUAUAUGAACAAGGUUGAGCUCGAGGCCAGGGCUGAUGCUCUUCAGGACGAGAUCAACUUCCUCAGAGCUGUCUAUGAGGCUGAGCUUCGCGAGCUGCAGGGCCAGAUCAAGGACACCUCUGUCGUUGUGGAGAUGGACAACAGCCGUAACCUGGACAUGGACUCCAUUGUUGCUGAAGUGCGCGCUCAGUAUGAGGAUAUUGCCAACCGCAGCAGAGCUGAAGCAGAGUCCUGGUACAAACAGAAGUACGAGGAGAUGCAGUCGUCAGCCGGACAGUAUGGUGAUGACCUGCGCUCAACCAAGACUGAGAUCGCUGAGCUGAACCGCAUGAUCGCCCGUCUUCAGAAUGAGAUCGAGUCUGUCAAAGCACAGAGGGUAAACCUUGAGGCUCAGAUCGCAGAGGCCGAGGAACGUGGUGAGCUGGCAGUGAAGGACGCCAAGCUCCGCAUCAGGGACCUGGAGGAUGCUCUGCAGAGAGCCAAGCAGGACAUGGCCCGCCAGGUGCGUGAAUACCAGGAGCUGAUGAACGUCAAGCUGGCCCUGGACAUCGAAAUCGCCACCUACAGGAAACUGCUGGAAGGAGAGGAGGACAGAAUCAACAGUGGAGGCUCCUCCGCAACCAUUCACGUGCAGCAAAGCUCUGGAGGAACCCUCAACUCCAGCAUGUCUGGUGGUUUUGGUGGUGGAUACAGCAGUGGUAGCUAUGGUGGUGGAUACAGCAGUGGUGGUUAUGGACAAGGUGGCAUGGUCACCAAGACCUCAUCAUCAUCAACCAGCAGCAGGAGAGCCUAUUAA